UGAUGACGCACUUUUGAGUAACGAAGGAGGAGUUCUGUGUGUGGAAGUUGUGGAUUAUAUAGUUUCGUGGUGCGUUAAAGGUUUUAUUAAAGUCAGUGCUCGAUAUUGCGCUACAGUGCAUCACUCAAAAGGCUUGCCCUAUAAAUCAAUUGGACACAAGACAAUUCCGCAGGAAUAUUUGAGCACGCAGAUUCAGAAGAUGACUCUGGAAGACGUCCCUGAAACAAACAUGAGCAGGAAAUCACUAUGCAGGGCGGUGAUGACCGUCUUGAGAAAAGCCCAAUCCGAGAAGCGCCUCACAUGUGGACUUCUGCCAGCCAUCAAAUUACUAGAAAUGGACCCCGGAAGCGCCCUUUUCUGCAUCAUGCCAGAGAGCAGCCAAGGCAAUGCAGCCCUUCAUAUACAGACUGUCUUGCUCCAGGCGUUCUGCUACGAGAAUGAUAUCCACAUCAUACAGGUGGACAGCGCAGGAAAGCUGGGAGACAUAGUAACAGGAACUCAUGAUGGCCCUCGCCUCGAUAGUAGCUGUGUCAUUGUGCAUCAGCCAUGGGCCACAGACCAGCCUGUGCUCUCAAAGUCAGAACAACAGUUGGUGAGAUUUUGUCACAAGACUCUUGAUGAAUUUCCACAGCCAGUGAUAAAGUUGCCAGGGCUGUGAAAGCUGCACCGAAACGCAUCCUGAAAACAAGGUUCUUUAUGCCAUGGGAGGCAUUUUGCCUUCUCAAAGGGUAUGCUGCCCAUAAUCAGGAAGGCGUACUUAACGUCACGUUUACCUGAUGUUUGAGGGCAAAGCCCACAUGCAUGAGAUGCGUUGCCACAUCUUAGCAUGGCCCAGUUUUGUGCUUCGGUUGGAGAUCAGCCAGUGCCGUCUGAGUCUUAUUUUUGGAAUCCAAUUCUGAGACUGACUGUGCAGUAUUUCUACAGGGUGUUGUGGUUAUUUUUCACUGGUGAUGCUUCUCAUCGAUAUUUGAGUGGUUAUGAUAUAGAAUAGGUUUAAGAGACUGGUCUUUGUGAAAACAGUAUAACUGAUGGUGAAAGAGGAUGAGGAAGGAGGAGAAAUAUGUUACGUAGUAUUGUGUAUGUUACUUUAUUAUAUAAAAUAAGUAAUGUAUUUAAAAUAUAAUUCAAUGCCUUUUAUUAUAUCAGAUAAA